AUGCUGAGCAAUGUAAAAACUGCCAUGGAAAUGGUAGAGUGGAAAUCCUUGCCCAUGCUCAGUAAGCUCCUGAAAGACAGGCUGCAAGCAAUCAUGGCUACUGCUGAUGAGCAUGUGGGCAUUCUCAAUCCAGAGGAAUCAAUUGGACGUAAAAAGAAUGUCCGAAAAGAUGAAAUGAUCUACGUGAAAUGCGCUGAAGGGGGACCGCUUGAAUUUCCAAGUAAAGAAAAAUACUAUUGGAAUGCGAGAUUUCUGUAUCAACCUCAAUAUUUCGAAAACACGCGUGGUCCAGACCUCUAG